AUGGAUAUUGACACUGCCUUUUUAAACUCUACUAAGGAUGACUGUGUUUAUGUUCGUCAACCUCCAGGCUUUGUCAACCCUUCACAUCCAGAUUGGGUCUGGAAACUACAUGGUGGUGUGUAUGGUCUGAAGCAGGCUCCAUUGUUAUGGAACAAACACAUCAACAAAUCUCUUAUCAAUCUGGGUUUUACUAGACAUGAGGGUGAAUAUGGUCUAUAUUUUCGCAAUACACUCGAUGGUAUCUUAUUGGUUGCUCUCUAUGUCGUUGAUCUAUUGGUUGCUUCUCCGUCUGCCAGAGUUAUGGAUGUCACUAAGUCUAAAAUCAAGAGCCUUUAUUCCAUUAAGGAUCUUGGUCCGGUAUCAAAAUUUUUAGGUAUGAAUAUCUCUCAAUCCUCUAAUGGGGACAUCUCUCUGUCGCUUGCUGAUUACAUUUCCAAGGCUGCUUCUACUCAGGGUACUCCGUUACACAAACAGGUCCAUACUCCUUUGUCUCCUUCUGUCAAUUAUUUUAAUGACAAAUCUUCUCCUGUAGAAGAUAUCACCUCUUAUCAAAGUAUAGUUGGUCAAUUGAUUUUUAUUUCCAACUCUGGUCGCCCCGAUGUUGCUCACUCUGUGUCACUGCUUUCUCGUUUUCUUAAGGAUCCUAGGGUGGUUCACCUUAAUGCAGCUCAUCGUGUCUUACAAUAUUUGUACACUUACAGACUUCGUGGUCUACAUUAUCGAACAGGCUCAUCCUUAGGACUUACUGUUUACUCUGAUGCGUCUCAUGGUUCUCUGACGGAUCUGCCUUUCUCAACGGGGGGUUACGUCACGUUACUGUCUGGUGGAUGUGUCAUUUGGUCAUCAAAGAAGAUUAAAACCACAAUCUGUCUUUCCUCCACUGAGGCUGAAUAUAUUGCAGGUAGUGAAGCAGUUAAAGAAAUAGAAUGGCUCUCCAAUUUGUUCAAGUAUAUGAACCUGAAGUUUGACCAAACUAAAUUAUUUGUGGACAACGAACCUGCAAUAAACCUAAGCAAGAAUCCGGUAUACCAUCCGAGAACAAAGCAUAUCGAUCUUAAAUUUCAUAAAAUGAGACAUGUUGUUGAGCAAGGAACCUUGACUCUAGAUUAUGUCAAUACCAAGGAUCAGUUAGCUGAUAUUAUGACUAAGGUAUUUCCAAGGGAUAAAUUUGAAUCUCUGAGGAAUGAACUGGUUGUUGAACUGAAACAUUGA